CCGCGGGAAACACUCGACACACGCACUCUCGCUUCAUUUCGCCACGGGAAAAUAUAUUCUGUUGAGCGUGCUGCAAUUUUAUCAUUUGAAAAAGCGAAAAAUUCUCGAAAAAUAUAAACAAAAGUUUGUAAAAACAGCAGCUAAACUGUUGCUGCACUCGUGCGCACUGUUUUUUGUACCACACAUGUGGAUUUUAAAACUUUAAAAAGUGUUUGAAAAAUUCGCAAAUUUCACCAGAAGAAACUGCGACGUCGAUAACGAACGAGGCGUUUGUAGAAGAGACACAUUGUGUUGAGUGCGGCACGUCUCAGUUUUCAGCGGAGCGCUAGUUUUUUAGAAACAAGUUUUAUGUGUUUUUAAAAAGGGUCUUUUUACUAUUCAAAGAUAAUUUUACUUAAAAAAUGGCGACUAACGAUUCCAAGGCGCCUAUACGGCAAGUGAAACGUGUGCAAUUCGGUAUUUUAUCACCUGAUGAAAUUCGUCGCAUGUCUGUUACAGAAGGAGGCGUACAGUUUGCCGAGACCAUGGAGGGUGGUCGACCAAAGUUGGGUGGUCUAAUGGACCCACGACAAGGUGUAAUAGACAGAACAUCUCGUUGUCAAACCUGUGCUGGUAAUAUGACAGAAUGCCCGGGUCACUUUGGUCAUAUCGAUUUGGCAAAACCAGUUUUUCAUAUCGGUUUUAUAACAAAGACAAUUAAAAUAUUACGUUGUGUGUGCUUUUACUGCUCUAAAAUGUUAGUAUCACCACAAAAUCCAAAAAUAAAGGAAAUUGUUAUGAAAUCCAAAGGACAGCCACGUAAGCGACUCGCUUAUGUAUAUGACUUGUGUAAAGGUAAAACUGUGUGCGAGGGUGGCGAGGAUAUGGAUAUGGCAAAAGAUGGACAACAAGCGGAUCCUAAUAAAAAACAAGGACAUGGCGGUUGCGGUCAUUAUCAACCAUCAUUGAGACGUAGCGGUUUAGAGUUAACCGCCGAAUGGAAACAUGUGAACGAGGAUUCACAGGAAAAGAAAAUCAUAGUUACCGCCGAACGUGUUUGGGAAAUUUUAAAACACAUCACUGACGAAGAAUGUUUUAUACUUGGUAUGGAUCCCAAAUAUGCACGCCCAGAUUGGAUGAUUGUCACGGUAUUGCCGGUACCACCACUAGCCGUGCGACCAGCUGUUGUUAUGUUUGGUGCUGCUAAGAAUCAGGACGAUUUAACACAUAAGUUGGCCGAUAUCAUUAAGGCCAACAAUGAAUUGAAAAAGAAUGAAGGCACAGGUGCUGCAGCGCACGUUAUACAAGAGAAUAUAAAAAUGUUGCAAUUCCAUGUUGCCACGCUAGUGGAUAACGACAUGCCUGGUAUGCCGCGUGCUAUGCAAAAAUCUGGAAAACCACUCAAAGCCAUUAAAGCACGUUUGAAGGGCAAAGAAGGACGUAUUCGUGGUAAUUUGAUGGGUAAGCGUGUCGAUUUCUCGGCACGUACUGUCAUCACACCAGAUCCCAAUUUGCGUAUCGAUCAAGUCGGUGUGCCACGUUCCAUUGCGCAGAACUUAACAUUUCCAGAGCUAGUCACUCCCUUCAAUAUUGAUCGUAUGCAGGAAUUGGUGCGUCGUGGUAACUCACAAUAUCCCGGUGCCAAGUAUAUUGUACGUGACAAUGGCGAACGUAUAGAUUUGCGUUUCCAUCCAAAACCAUCAGAUUUACAUUUGCAAUGUGGCUACAAAGUAGAGCGACAUUUACGCGACGAUGAUCUGGUUAUUUUCAAUCGUCAGCCAACGCUACACAAGAUGAGUAUGAUGGGGCAUCGUGUCAAAGUAUUGCCUUGGUCUACAUUCCGUAUGAAUUUGUCCUGUACUUCACCCUAUAACGCUGAUUUUGAUGGUGAUGAAAUGAACUUGCAUGUGCCGCAAUCGAUGGAAACGCGUGCUGAGGUGGAGAAUAUACACGUUACACCACGUCAAAUUAUCACACCACAGGCUAACAAACCCGUCAUGGGUAUUGUGCAGGAUACUUUGACAGCUGUACGUAAAAUGACAAAACGUGAUGUCUUCAUUACGCGCGAACAAAUGAUGAAUCUUCUUAUGUUCUUACCCACAUGGGAUGGCAAAGUGCCACAACCAUGCAUAUUGAAACCACGUCCGCUAUGGACGGGCAAACAAUUAUUUUCACUGAUUAUACCCGGUAAUGUAAACAUGAUACGCACACAUUCUACACAUCCCGAUGACGAAGAUGAUGGCCCAUACAAAUGGAUCUCACCCGGUGACACGAAAGUCAUGGUCGAACACGGUGAAUUGAUUAUGGGUAUCUUGUGUAAAAAAACACUGGGUACAUCGGCGGGUUCACUGCUGCAUAUUUGUUUCUUGGAAUUGGGUCACGAGAUCGCCGGUCGUUUUUACGGUAACAUUCAGACUGUAAUCAAUAAUUGGCUAUUGCUCGAGGGUCACAGUAUCGGUAUUGGUGACACAAUUGCCGAUCCUCAGACAUAUAACGAAAUUCAGAUGGCCAUCAAGAAAGCCAAAGACGAUGUCAUAAACGUCAUUCAAAAAGCGCAUAACAUGGAGUUGGAGCCCACACCCGGUAAUACCUUGCGUCAGACUUUCGAAAAUCAGGUGAAUCGUAUUUUGAACGAUGCUCGUGACAAAACUGGUGGUUCUGCUAAGAAAUCUUUGACUGAAUACAACAACUUAAAGGCUAUGGUGGUGUCGGGUUCGAAAGGUUCUAACAUUAAUAUCUCACAGGUUAUUGCUUGUGUGGGUCAACAGAACGUCGAGGGUAAACGUAUACCGUACGGUUUCCGUAAGCGCACAUUGCCGCAUUUCAUCAAAGACGAUUACGGUCCUGAGUCACGUGGCUUCGUGGAAAAUUCAUAUCUUGCCGGCUUGACUCCUUCCGAAUUCUACUUUCACGCUAUGGGUGGUCGUGAAGGUCUUAUCGAUACUGCUGUAAAGACUGCUGAAACUGGUUAUAUUCAACGUCGUCUCAUAAAGGCUAUGGAGUCUGUGAUGGUCAAUUACGAUGGUACAGUGCGUAAUUCGGUCGGUCAGCUGAUUCAGUUGCGUUACGGCGAGGACGGUUUGGCUGGUGAAACUGUGGAGUUUCAGAAUUUACCAACAGUCAAAUUGUCGAACAAAGCAUUUGAGAAACGUUUCAAAUUCGACUGGUCCAAUGAGCGUUAUAUGCGUAAAGUUUUCACUGAUGAUGUGAUCAAAGAGUUGAGUGAGAGCGGCAAUGCGUUGCCCGAAUUGGAAAUCGAAUGGGAUCAGUUGUGUCGCGAUCGCGAAGCGUUGCGUGAGAUUUUCCCCAAUGGUGAUUCUAAGGUUGUAUUGCCUUGCAAUUUGCAGCGCAUGAUUUGGAAUGUGCAAAAGAUUUUCCACAUCAAUAAGCGCAUGCCCACCGAUCUGUCGCCGCUGCGUGUAAUUAAUGGCGUACGUGACUUGUUGCAACGCUGCGUCAUUGUGGUGGGCAAUGAUCAUCUCUCGAAACAGGCCAAUGAGAACGCCACACUGCUGUUCCAGUGUUUGGUGCGCUCCACGCUUUGCACGAAAUAUGUGGCGGAGGAGUUCCGUCUGUCCGCCGAGGCGUUCGAAUGGUUGAUUGGUGAAAUUGAAACACGUUUCCAGCAAGCGCAAGCAAAUCCCGGCGAAAUGGUGGGCGCUUUGGCCGCACAGAGUUUGGGUGAACCUGCCACACAGAUGACACUCAACACUUUCCAUUUUGCUGGUGUGUCGUCGAAGAACGUAACAUUGGGUGUGCCGCGUCUAAAGGAAAUCAUUAACAUUUCCAAAAAACCAAAAGCGCCCUCACUAACGGUAUUCCUUACGGGUGGUGCAGCGCGUGAUGCCGAGAAGGCCAAGAAUGUGUUGUGUCGUUUGGAACACACCACACUGCGUAAGGUAACGGCCAACACUGCAAUCUACUACGAUCCCGAUCCGCAAAGAACUGUCAUCUCCGAGGAUCAGGAAUUCGUGAAUGUCUACUAUGAGAUGCCCGAUUUCGAUCCGACACGCAUUUCACCAUGGUUGCUGCGUAUCGAAUUGGAUCGCAAACGUAUGACAGAUAAGAAAUUGACUAUGGAACAAAUUGCCGAGAAGAUCAACGCUGGUUUCGGUGACGAUUUGAAUUGUAUUUUCAAUGAUGACAACGCUGACAAGCUGGUGCUACGCAUACGUAUCAUGAACAAUGAAGAGACCAAGUUCCAGGAUGAAGAUGAAGCCGUUGAUAAAAUGGAAGACGAUAUGUUCUUGCGUUGCAUCGAGGCGAAUAUGCUGUCGGACAUGACACUGCAGGGUAUCGAAGCCAUUGGCAAGGUGUACAUGCAUUUGCCACAAACGGAUAGUAAGAAGCGUAUAAUCAUCACGGAGACGGGUGAAUUUAAGGCCAUUGGUGAGUGGUUGCUGGAAACUGACGGUACUUCCAUGAUGAAAGUACUCUCUGAGCGUGAUGUGGAUCCGGUGCGUACAUCGUCGAACGAUAUUUGUGAAAUUUUCCAAGUGUUGGGCAUAGAGGCUGUGCGUAAAUCCGUCGAGAAAGAGAUGAAUGCUGUGCUGCAGUUCUACGGUUUGUACGUGAACUAUCGUCAUUUGGCCUUGUUGUGUGACGUCAUGACAGCCAAGGGUCACUUGAUGGCCAUCACACGUCACGGUAUCAAUCGACAGGAUACUGGCGCACUUAUGCGUUGCUCAUUCGAAGAAACGGUCGAUGUGUUGAUGGAUGCCGCCGCGCAUGCGGAAACCGAUCCUAUGAGAGGUGUAUCCGAGAACAUUAUUAUGGGUCAAUUACCACGUAUGGGCACGGGUUGUUUCGAUUUGCUGCUUGAUGCUGAGAAGUGUCGCUACGGCAUUGAAAUACCGAGCACCUUGGGCGCAAGCAUGAUUGGUGGUUCGGCUAUGUUCUUUGGCGCCGGUGCUACGCCAAGCAUGACACCACCUAUGACACCUUGGGUACAGUGUGGCACACCACGCUACUUCUCGCCAUCUGGACAAAUGAGUGGCAUGACACCUGGUGGUCCCAGUUUCUCGCCAUCGGCCGCCUCCGAUGCCUCGGGCAUGUCACCAAGUUGGUCGCCCGCACAUCCUGGCUCAUCGCCUAGCUCACCUGGCCCAUCGAUGUCACCAUAUCUACCACCAUCACCGAGCGUUUCGCCAUCCUAUUCGCCAACAAGUCCAAACUAUACCGCUUCGUCGCCGGGUGCUGCUUCACCCAAUUACUCACCAACCAGUCCGAAUUAUUCGCCGACAAGUCCCCUGUAUCCGGCCACAAGUCCACGUUACUCAACUACACCGAAUUUCGCACCACAAUCGACUGGCUACUCACCAUCGACCAGCGGUUAUUCACCAACAUCGCCGGUCUAUUCGCCGACUUCGAAUUACCAAUCGUCGAGUCCAUCGUUUUCGGGCAGUGGCACAAAUAUGUAUUCGCCGGGCAGCGCUUACUCGCCAACAUCGUCGAACUACUCGCCAAAUUCACCGAGUUAUUCGCCCACAUCUCCGUCUUAUUCACCUUCCAGUCCAUCCUAUUCACCAACUUCACCUUGCUAUUCGCCGACGUCACCGUCAUAUUCACCAUCAUCACCCAACUACACGCCGGUUACACCAUCAUAUUCACCAACUUCACCAAAUUAUUCAGCCUCACCACACUAUUCGCCCGCUUCGCCGGCAUAUUCACAAACAGGUGUCAAAUAUUCACCCACUUCGCCAACUUAUUCACCACCAUCACCAUCUUACGACGGCUCACCUGGUUCACCACAAUAUACACCCGGUUCGCCGCAGUACUCGCCGGCUUCGCCCAAGUACUCACCAACAUCGCCACUCUAUUCGCCCAGCUCACCGCAGCAUUCACCGGCCAAUCAAUACAGUCCGACCGGCUCCAGUUACUCGGCCACAAGUCCACGCUAUUCGCCCAACAUGUCGAUCUACUCACCGAGUAGCACCAAAUAUUCACCAACAUCGCCGACCUACACACCGACGGCGCGCAAUUACUCGCCCACCUCACCGAUGUAUUCGCCGACGGCACCAUCACAGGGCUACAGUCCAACCAGCCCGGCAUAUUCACCGAGUAGUCCAACAUUCGAGGAGAGUGAUGACUAAUUUGAAUGUAACAAGUGUAUUUGUGCGGUUAAGGGAGUUGUUGCAGUGCCACACAUGGCACUUGCUGAACACCAUGGUUAUAAAAUUACUUAUUUCUUUUUGAUAUCCAUAUGAAAAUAUUUUAUAUAGCAUUUAAGACUAAUUGUUCAACUUCAAUGUAUAAUCAAAUUAUAAUUGUAUUACAGUCAUUUGUAGUAAGACGUAUAUUUGAGAUAUAAAUGAGCUCAUAAACCGCA